CCGUAUUAAGUCACAGUCUGGCAGGCUGCUUACCUUGCCCAAGUGGUUCGACCACUUGGUUAACCUCCAUCAAACGCAUCCACGGAAGGGAACGAAACGAAGAACCGAUGCUCAAGUUAAUCAAAAUGUCUGGAGCGAAUCCCCCUCGAAGCGUUACGCCAAACGCGCAGCAGGACUACGAUGUUACGCGUAUGCGAGAGGAAGACUUCGAGCGGCUGGCCGUCUACAUCGUGCCGGAUAUGCCCUGCGAGAAGGGUGUACCGGGACGGGCGGAAAAGACACUGCCCCGCAGCCUGACGCUCAAACCCUCCCUCGUCCUAUCGACGCCCACAUCCACGACUGAAGGGGUGUGGAGUACGGGUGUCAUCCCACGGGGUACCCGAUUCGGUCCGUUCGAGGGUGUCCGCACACCGAGCCAUCCCAGUGACAAACAGCUCUGGCGGUACUUUUGGAGGGUGCAGGAACUGCGACAUGUUUCCUACGGGAAUAUCAAGAUAUUCAAGGACAGUGAUUUCUACUAUCUGGACGGAUCGGACACGGCACAGUCGAACUGGAUGCGGUACGUGGCGUCCGCGUACAGCUUCUCGGUGAUGAAUCUGGUCGCGUGCCAGCAUCAGGAACACAUCUACUUCUACACGAUACGCGACAUCAUGCCGAACGAGGAGCUGAUGGUGUGGUACUGUCGCGACUUUGCCAAGCGGCUCGGGUACGACAUCGAUCCGGAGCGGGCGACCUACUCGAUCUGCCGCGAGGAGGUGGUGAAGAAGACGUACAAGCAACCCGUCCCACCGGAGGUGGCCUACAACCAUGUGAAGCACGUGAUGGGCCUCUACCUGCCGGCGAUGGUACGCAGUACGCCCACGCCGAGUCCUUCGCCACCUGCGCCCCCAACCAGUGGUCAUGUUCCUUCCGCCAAGCAUCACGCGCUGCACCAGACGGUUCUGCGGGAGCCCCGGAAUGGGGGGUCCGUGCCGGUGGGUGCAGCAGCUGGAGCCGAGGAGUCGCUGCGGGACCGAUCCCCAAUACGCAUUGUGAUUCGCGAGCAGAGUCCACUGCUGCGGGAAAGCGUGAAGGAGGUGGACGCAGACUCACCAAUCUCGCAGACGAAGGAGACCGCCUACGAGCAUCAGCUGACGCCGAACGACGGAUCGGUACGGUCGGAUGAGGGAUACCACAGCAAUGGGUACCAUGAGGAUGGGUUCACACCACCGGAGGAUUCGAGCGAUAGCGAAAGCGAACACAACUACGUGCUGGACUGCUCGAAGAAGGCGAUCGAACCGAAGGAGACGAGCGUGGGACAGCACAAGGUGAGCACGACCGAGCCGUGCGACAAGAACGAGUACCGGAAGGUAAAAAUGAAGAUGCCGCUCAAGUACGAGUUCAAGAACAACAGCAAGAACUUCAAGGUGGAACCCGAGCUGGAGGCAACCGAGCGGGAGGUGGAGGCCGUGGCAACGAUUGGGCCGGUGAGUGCGGAACCGAUCGGGACGGGUAUGCGCGAGGUAACACCUGCUACGAGUACCGUGAUUGUGCUGGACACAACACCGGAGACAGUUGUGGUCCCGCUGACGAAGAGCUAUUACGAGGCCGAGCCAACGUCAACGUCACCGGCGACCUUCAUCCGCUAUACACCGCCGAGCUCGAGCUCGAUCCUGGAGACGAUCCUGACCGGCAGCAGUCGGGCACCGUCCGCCGAUGAUCCACACCGGCGGCAGCCGAACGCGACACCGCCGCCGACCUCCCCAACCGAGAUGGCCUACUCGUACAAGAAGUCGCAACGCUACGGAACCGCCUGCAGUCCGGACUCAAGCUCCCAGAAUCCGGCGCCCGAACCACCCGAGCCCACCGCACGAUCUCAACCCCUCGAGCAGGAACCGAAGGAGGCGGAACACGCGGAACUCGCCCACCAUUUGCCCCAUCACCAUCUCCACCAUCACCCGCACCAUCACCACCUGCAUCAUGCGCAGCAUCAGCAACCGCACCAGAGCAGCCCGUACCACCUGGGACACGAUCGGCUGCACGAUCGAGAAGAGGCGGCUCCGUCUCCAUCACCCUCACCGCUCGUCUAUCCCGGCGAGCACCAUCAUCUGCAUCCGCAUCAUCCGCAUCACAGUGCGCACCAUCCGCAGCACCACCACAGGACCCACUCGCCCGUCCCGUACGAGUCGCCGGUACCGAGCUACAGCAGCAGCAGUAUCUACGCGGCAUCGAACGGGUCGGCUAGUGUGAUCAAUAGCGCUUCCAGCUCCACCUACAGUCCGCCACUGAACGGGGGACACUACGAGAGACUGACGACAUCGUCGACCACCCCGAUGCGCACGGUAUCGCCGGGUGUGCCCAGCGGUCCGCCCGGACCACCGCAACCGUCCGGGUUCGUGCAGCUCCAAUCCAAAGGUCAGCUCCCACUUGGACAUCCGCUGAUGCAGCCGCUGACACCGCUCACGCACAUGUCCCCCGGGCGCACGUCACCACCGAGCAGUCUCAGCCCGGACGGGGGUUCGUACAGCCGCAGCGGCAGUCCCAUGAGUCCGGGAAGUCCCAACUCGCGCGGUUACCGGAGUCUCCCCUAUCCGCUGCGCAAACGGGACGGCAAGAUGCACUACGAGUGUAACGUGUGCAGCAAAACUUUCGGCCAGCUGUCCAACCUGAAGGUCCACCUGCGGACACACUCCGGCGAGCGGCCGUUCAAGUGCAACGUCUGCACGAAGUCCUUCACGCAGUUGGCCCACCUGCAGAAGCAUCAUCUGGUGCAUACGGGCGAGAAGCCGCACCAGUGCGACAUCUGCAAGAAGCGGUUCUCGUCCACGUCCAACCUGAAGACGCACCUGCGUCUGCACAGUGGCCAGAAGCCGUACGCGUGCGAUCUGUGCCCGCAGAAGUUUACCCAGUUCGUGCACCUGAAGCUGCACAAGCGGCUGCACACGAACGACCGGCCGUACGUGUGCCAGGGCUGUGAUAAGAAGUACAUCAGCGCGUCCGGGUUGCGGACGCACUGGAAGACGACCAGCUGCAAGCCGAACAAUCUGGAGGAGGAGCUGGCGAUGGCCGCAGCGGCCACGUCCGAGUGUUUAGAUAAGGAUGGCCAGCCGGAUGGUGAAGGUGGUCGCGAGUUCUACGAGAUGUCUCACCUUCCAGCAACGACCUCCUCCUCCUCCGCCCAAUCUCAGUCCGCCGCUCACCCGCACCACCCACACCCGGGAAUGGCGCAUCACCAUGCCGAGCAGGUCAUACACAAGGUGUCGGCGGGCAAGAUCCAGCAGCAUGCGAACGGAACGGGUACCAGCAACAACAACAGCCCGAACAGUACCAACCACAAUCUACCGUCGUCGCCCCAUCUGCACUACGGUGGACAUCUGGUGCAAACGGCUCCGAACGGUGCGGGACCGGGUGGGUCGUCGGCAUCUUCCCAGCACGAGCCCCCCGCGAGCCGCCCGAGUGUGAUCGAGUCCAGCCAGCCGAUGGUGAUCGAGUGUACGUAGCGCGGUGUGAUACGACUCUUGGGGCAAUCCCGCCUAUGAGUGAGUGCUGAACCUAACCGAGAUUGAGCGAUAGCGCUGUCGAAACAAAGCAUAUAUUUAUUGUUCCGUGUGUGCGGGGAAGAUUGACGCUCUUCUUCUUGUUUUGAGUUUUUUUUUAACUAAUGAGCAUCACUGAGCAUAAGAAGUCGCAAUCGAGGAUGGAAGCCGUGGGGGCCGCGUAAUACUAUUAAGCUGUUAGCGGUAUACUAUUAAGUGGUCUUAAGCAAAAAAAACGUAACUUAUCCAGUUAGGUGUAACGAGUUGUUUUGAAGCAGGCUGGCGCAUGUAAAUAAUGGCUGUAAUUGCAUCCGUGGGGUGUUGUCGCCGGGAUGUCCCCGACCUAGGUUCGAAUUUGUGAUCAAAAUUUGUUUUUUGUGUCCCCAAGGGCAAGAAGGGGAAGGGGAAGGUAAUUUGUUGCCGUCGCCGUACCCCCCCUAGCCCAAUAAGACUCCCAGCGUUUUAUGCGUGCAAACUACGAGAGGGCUACCCCGAGAUAUACAUAUAAGCGUAAGAUCUACAUAAUUAGCAAAACGAAACGCAUCAAAGAUCAAAAUUGAAGUCUGAUAGCAAUUAGGGAUAUUUAGGUUGUUCGUUCGUUUCGCAAUCGCUCGUCGGUUUUCCCGCGCCGCCCGGUCGUUGCCCGGUGGGCGCGGGGUCACGGGCCAAACGCUCGAACCACUCGACUGACUGAUAGUUUUCCUUGCAGGUGCAGCACGCGGGAAGCGUGGGUCACCACCGCUGUAACGUACGAUUUACCUGUGACAGUGUUUUUGUCUCGCAUUGUUCCGUUUCCGUUGGGUUUUCUCUUUCGGUGUAAUAUUCGUUCCCGGAAAGGAAAACUAGGAUCUAGGUGUAAGUGAGAAUGGCCUGGGGUGACCUUUAGCAACACACACAUAUACGAGUGAAUUUGAAUGCACGCGGGGCGUUGGUGGGUGAAGAUGUUUACUAUUAAGCAUACCUUAAACUAAACUACACGAUACACACAUAUACACACAAUCCAACACACACAAACAUAAAUACAAACAGAGAGAGAGAGAAGGGUGGAUGGAUGUAAUUGAAAAUUACGAUUCACAAUUUAGCUGAAGAUCGGUGCUUUUUCAAUACCAGCGCAUUCAGGGCAGAGGUUUCGUCCUUUGCCUUGGAUCGCGGUACUAAUACUAUUACUCAGAGUUAAGAUUUAGAUUAAUGAAUAAAAUUAUAUCAAAAAAUUGAGAUGAGUAAGGCAAAAACACAGCAACAAAUUUAUAAAAGUAACUGGAGUAGGAGGGCAGUAA